UUCUUGAGUAAUCCGUAGUGGGAGGAACGUUAUAGAAGUUCUGUAGAUGUUUCCUAGGUCGGACGUAUUUUGAUGCUGCACACGUGGGAACAGCGAUGGCAACAUGUGGAGCAGAGAGUGAAUUUCUGGAUGAAAAAGAUGAUCCCGGUGCAGCACCUUACGGCAAUUUUAUAAACUAUUACACAUUCAACCCACCAGAGAACCGUCUAAGCCUCAUUCCGACCACACUUAUUCAGGAUUUGGGAUAUGGCAAAGACAGCAGUGAAACCAUAUUGAUGCUGGAUGUUGGCUGCAAUUCAGGGGACCUGACAGUGGCAUUGUACAGACACCUCCAACCGAGAGUCUUGUCUGAAGACUCUACAACACCACCCGACACUGAUCUCCAACUCCUCGGCUUCGACCUGGACGAAACCCUGAUCCUCCGGGCCCAACAGACCAACCCAUUCCCCCAGAGCAUCUCUUUCAUUCCCUUAGACAUCACUGAGGAUGCUGCUAGCCAGACCCAGCUACAGGACUACCUGAGACAACAUGGCGGCUUCCGCUUCCACCUCUCCCUGUGCCUGGCUGUUACCAUGUGGGUCCACCUGAACCACGGAGACGCUGCCCUACUGGGGCUCCUCUCCCGGCUGGCCUCCGUCAGCCAACAUCUCCUCCUGGAGGCCCAGCCCUGGAAGUGCUACCGCUCGGCUGCCCGGAGGCUGAGGAAGCUAGGGCGGUCUGACUUUGACCACUUCAAGGAGUUAAAGAUCAGAGGAGAUGUGGCAGAACAAGCCAGGGAACACUUAGAGAAACACUGUGGGAUGGCACUGAUGCAGUGUUUCGGUAGUACCAGCUGGGAUCGCAGACUGCUCCUCUUUAGGAGAAGAGAGACGGUAGACCAACAUUUAUCCCAGUAGAUAAAAUGACAUUUACAUUACAUUUACAUUUACAUUUAAGUCAUUUAGCAGACGCUCUUAUCCAGAGCGACUUACAAAUUGGUGCAUUCACCUUAUGAUAUCCAGUGGAACAACCACUUUACAAUAGUGCAUCUAACUCUUUUAAGGGGGGGGGUUAGAAGGAUUACUUUAUCCUAUCCUAGGUAUUCCUUAAAGAGGUGGAGUUUCAGGUGUCUCCGGAAGGUGGUGAUUGACUCCGCUGACCUGGCGUCAUGAGGGAGUUUGUUCCACCAUUGGGGUGCCAGAGCAGCGAACAGUUUUGACUGGGCUGAGCGGGAACUGUACUUCCUCAGAGGUAGGGAGGCGAGCAGGCCAGAGGUGGAUGAACGCGGUGCCCUUGUUUGGGUGUAGGGCCUGAUCAGAGCCUGAAGGUACGGAGGUGCCGUUCCCCUCACAGCUCCGUAGGCAAGCACCAUGGUCUUGUAGCGGAUGCGAGCUUCAACUGGAAGCCAGUGGAGAGAGCGGAGGAGCGGGGUGACGUGAGAGAACUUGGGAAAGUUGA